AUGUCUCCCUCCAGCACUGAGAAACUAGGGGCGCACUGCGAGUCUCCCGAAGCAACUGCCGAACAAAUUGCAGCGUCCCCAGAAGAAAGUUGGCCCACAAAAGAUUUUGGUCUUAUACCGAUCCCGAAAAGGCUCCAAUACGAUCCCGUCAAACCUUUUCACUUUGGCAUCUUUCUCAACAUGUCCUUUGGAUUUGCUAGCACAUUCACUGUUGCUAACUUGUAUUAUUGUCAACCGCUGUUGAGUAUGUUGUUGCGAGGAGUUAUCGGCUGUUUCACGGUGUGUUAUUUCGUCUGUUUCAAUGAAUCUGGGCUAAUAGUGAGUAUAAUUCGGUUGUCAAGAAUCCCCACCCUCGUUCAAGCAGGAUAUUUAGUGGGAUUACUUUUGAUAUCCCCCCUCGGCGACCUUGUUCGACGCAGACAACUGGUGUUGCUGCUGGUUGCAAUAUCCACUACUCUAACGAUAGGUUUGGCCGUGACUAAAAAUUUGCAAGUUUUUGAGACCUUGUCCUUCUUGGUCGGCGUUGCAACUGUCACUCCCCAGAUCUUGAUGCCCCUAGCUGCAGAUCUGGCCCCACCUGAACGUAGAGCGUCUGCAUUAUCUGUGGUACUCUCGGGUCUCAUGCUAGGCGUCCUGAUCGCUCGUGUCUUGGCUGGCGUCAUAGGUAAUUUUACAACCUGGCGUGCAGUCUACUAUAUGUCAAUUGGUGUCCAAUCACUCGUUCUUAUCGGCGCCUACCUGAUGCUUCCUGACUAUCCGUCCAAAAACCGUGAUAUGACCUAUUUCCAAAUCCUAUUUUCGAUGGCCAAGUAUGCGGUGACGGAGCCACUUGUAAUACAGGUGGCCAUUAUAAAUAUUGCAUCCAGCACAUGUUUCACUAGUUUUUGGGUCACUCUCACCUUCCUUCUCGGAGGUGCACCCUAUUACUACUCCACUCUCAUAAUUGGUCUCUUCGGUCUCGUUGGCAUGCUAGGCGUGCUCGUUGGACCUUUCGCAGGGCGUCUAAUUGAUAGGCUGGUUCCUUGGUACGCAACUUUGACAGCCACUGGCUUGCUCCUGGUUUCCCAAGCUGUGCAGACUGCUGCAGGUGGAAUCAAUGUUGCAGCUGUCGUCAUCGCAUGCUUCGGGCUUGAUGUUGCGCGUCAGGCCCAGCAAGUGUCUAUGACCACUCGGGUCCUAAGCAUAUCUUCCGCAGCUCGUGCGCGUUUAAACGCCAUUCUCAUUCUAUCGCUCUUCAUCGGGCAGGUGAUGGGCACAUCCGUUGGCACGCAAGUUUUCGUGCAACACGGGUGGAGAGCGUGUUCACUAUUGAUGCUAGCGCUCCAAGCCUUCUCAAUUCUAGUUUUAUUGCUGCGCGGUCCACAUUGUCCUCGAAAACGUUGGUUUGGCUAUGAAGGGGGACUCGAGGCACGGAAACGUGUUGUCUUGGAGAGGGAGAAGUCACGGAGUGGCGAGGGGGCAAAAGUGGAACACGAUUCAGAGGCGCAAAUAGAGGCGCCGAUGCAAAAUGGUGAAGGUCUGCAGUCCGAUACAUCAUAGAUAGAAGUUCAUCUUGUGACCCGAGGAAACUUGCUCACGGGAAGGACGGCAGCGGUAAUGCAAUUUGCCACUGGGACCACCGAAAAAGUAAGGCCGCGUCUUUGAUAAGAAUCUACAAUGGUGGGACCCACAAGUGCAUAGCAUGUAAGUCACGCCAUACCAAUAUAGAGUUACAAACACUGAGACUACUUUCCAGUCGGGGAACUUUGAAGUGUUGGAAUAGCAAAACUGGCGAAGGUUAGUGACCACUCAAAAAAACCUCAUCGGAAUGCGACAUACCA